AUGUCGCUCAUUCAUCAUGUCUCCUCUAUUGAGGGAAUUGACCGUUAUCAACAGAGCGGAAUUCCCGAAGAGUUUACGCCUAUUGCCCUCACACUCAGCUACGACGUCCUCCCGGCACGUAGUCGUCCAGCUUCGGUUGAAGAACAACCGCCAGAAACGCCUGCAUACGAGGUUUCUGCUGUGAAAAGAUUGGCCCAGGUAAUUUUCACAGUUCUUGCGUGCUGGGUCGCGUCGGGUAUUCUAUUUGGAUAUGCCGCGCUGAAGCCGGUCCUGGUGGAGGAGGGGGUGUACCACGACCAGUGCACCCAUAGCGAGCUUAGAGAAGGGGUUACGCUUUGUGUUCAGCAGGACUUGAGGCUCAAUCUAUGUUUCACUAUUGCCUCCAUCACCGCAAACGUCUCGGCACUCCCUGUUGGGACGAUCCUAGAUAACUACGGAUCGCGACUUUGCGGUGUGAUUGGCAGCGUGUUUCUUGCUGUCGGAAGCUUAUUGAUGUCAGCCUCAUUCCUCUGGCCAGGUUUCAAUGGACUCAUCGCGGGCAACAUUUUUCUAGCAUUCGGCGGAACUUUUGUCUUCCUUCCGUCGUUCCAAAUCGCGAACGCCUUUCCACGGCAUGCCGGUCUUAUCGUCGCGCUUGUGACGGGUUCGUUCGAUGCCUCAGCCGCGGUUUUCCUCAUCUACCGGCUUGUCUACGAAGCAUCAGCCCGAACAUUCUCACCUGAGAAGUUUUUCCUCAGUUACCUAGCCGUCCCCGUGCUGAUUUGCCUGGCAUUUUUCUCAUUCAUGCCAAAGCAAGAUUAUUAUUCAGCACUCACAUUGGAAAAUCAGGUUGAAAGGGCCGAGGAUGCAAGCCGCGACGCCCACGAGUCUGAUUACGAGAUCGAAACCGACCGGGAAGUACGACAUGUACGCAGUAAACGUGCCCUGCGUCGGCAAAAGAUCAUUGAUAAUAUCAAUCGUGUCCUCGGCGACGAGGGUGAGCGACAGCAACGAGCUGAGCGCGAGGAAGAUCGGCAGCAGGCAAGCCAAGUCUGGGGCAUAUUACAUGGACUGCCGGCGCACAAGCAGAUGGUGUCCCCGUGGUUUAUUUUAAUUACCCUGAUGACCAUCAUUCAGAUGCUGCGCAUGAAUUACUUCAUUGCAACCAUCCGAGCGCAGUACGAGUACAUGAUCGGCUCAGUCGAUGACGCUGAACGAAUCAACAACUUCUUCGAUGUCGCCCUACCCAUCGGCGGUAUUCUGUUCACCCCAGUUAUUGGCGUGUUGCUCGAUCGUCUUAGUGUACCAGCGACGUUAAGCCUUAUCGUGGCACUCACAACAAUGACUGGUGUCUUGAAUUCUAUCCCUUCCACAUGGGCGGGCUACUUGACUGUCAUACUCUUCGUCCUGCUACGCCCGCUGUAUUAUUCAGCAAUGUCUGACUACGCGACGAAAGUAUUCGGCUUCGCGACAUUCGGUAGGGUUUACGGCACCAUCAUUUGCCUGUCCGGACUAGUCAACUUCUCCCAGUACUGGCUAGACUCACUUACUCACAGCGCUUUUGAAGGGAACCCGGUUCCGAUCAAUGUGGGGUUGGUAAUUGCCGGGUUCGUAGUCGGCCUUGCACUUGUCGGGUUUGUUACAUUUGCGGGUCGACGGUUCAGACCCGAGGAUAGCGGUCAGGCCGAGAGGGAGCCACUGCUAGUGGAGGAACGUGAGAGAUGA